CGAGAUCUCAAUGACCGAAGGGAAAAAGACGCGGCUUGUUUGGAACCUUAAGACUGACAGAAAAUCAUCAAACCGCUGGGGCCAAAGCGUCCGACGUCGCGCGCAGGUCCGAGACAGGUUGGAGGAAAAACAAAACUCUCGCGAGAUGACAGAGGUGGCACUUGGCUGGGAGCGCAGGGACGGGAUUGGUCCUGGCGUCACGCGGGGGUGGCCAGUGGGAAUGACAGGGGCGUGGCGUUCCCACCCCGGGCGGACCCGAAGACGGCGUGGUUAAGUUGUUUAACGGAGCGCGGGCCGUGCCGGGCGUCUCGGCGAUCCUCACGGGUCCUUCGUGGGAUCCUCGGGAAAGGGCAGCCAUCAGGGCCGAGCGCUGGGUGCGGGACCGCUUGCUUCCGUGAGAUCGUCCAUCUGAGCGACGUGACUGCUCCCCCAGGACGUCCCUCGCCCUUCCUGGAAGAGCCACGCAAACUUCAGCGCAGCCCCGGAGGGGCUCAGAAGAUGGCCUAGAACCCCAUGAAAAUAUCACGCCGGCGUCUUUCACUCGUCGCUCGCCGUUGGGGCUCUGUCAGUUGCCCGACUCUUGCCCCUGCAGUCUGGGUCGGCGGCGACUGAAAAGUGGGACGAAGGACUCGCUUGUUCGUAAAUUCAGAGCCCGGUUGCGAGUCAGCAAAACCUCGGACUUGAUAGCUAUUCUUGGUUGUCAACUUGACUGUAUCUGGAAUGAACUACAAUCCAGAAAUGGAGGACACGCCUAUGAGAGAUUUUCUGCUUGGUUUGAAAUGAAUGAAUCUACUUCUAGUCCAGGCCUUUGAGGUAGGAAUAAAACACACACCUUUGAUGUGGAUCUUGAGGCUGGAAGACACAGGCCUUUAAUUCAGAUCUUGAGGUGGGAAGGCACACCUUUAAUCUGGGCCACACCUUCUGCUGGAAGUCUAAGGACAUAGAAGAAGGAAGCUUUUGCUAUUUGCCUGCUUACCCUCGCCUAGCCCAUCCGUUCUCUCACUGGCAUUGGAGCAUACUUCUUUGAGAUUCCAGCGUAUGCAAAGACCAGCUGAGACACCAGACUUGUAGGACUGAGCAACUACUGAAUUUAGACUGUCUGUUCACAGCUAGUCAUUGUUGGAGUAGCUGGACUGCAGCCUGUAAGUCAUUCAGAGAGAGAAAGAGAGAUUCGUUCUAUAAGUUCUGUGACGCUAGAGAACUCUGACUAGUACAGAUUUUAGUGCCAGCAGUGGUUCUAGAGAAAGAGAAGUAUAAAGAUGAAUCUUUUAAGUAUCUGGAAUAGGCUUUUCAAUUCACCAGCACCUUCAACUACAGCCACUCCCUCUCCUGGGAUCUUGGAGAAUGCUGAAAGCCCAUGGUGUGAACUGUAUUACAAACUUAAAGAGAUAGAAGCAUUUGAUUAUCCUGAUUCACCAAUUGUAAGCGACAGUGGAUUUGACAACCUUGUAUAUGCAACUUUUGACAGUUUGGGGGAAAAUAAGGAAAAUAAUGCUGCUGGUUGGUUUCUCUUACUAUCUCUAGAUAAACUGAUAAAGGAUAGGAAUGAGCUCCGUGAUAAAAUUAACCAACUUCAGAAAAUGAAGAAGGAUAACAAAGAACUUAGUGACAAAAAUGACCAGCUCCAGAUGCGAAUAAAUAGUCUAAAGGUUUCUAAGUGUGCCCUGGAAGAGAAUUUUCUUGCCAGCAGCCACAGAGCUCGAGUUGUGGAAAAUCAAACUGAAGCCCUCAUUAUAAGAUUGGCUGAACUACAGCGAAAAUCCACGGCUCAGCCCCAGAGGGUGUCAGCGGUUAAAGUAAGGGCAUUAGUUGGUAAAGAGUGGGAUCCUGUAACUUGGGAUGGGGAUGUGUGGGAGGACCCUAUUAAAGCUGAGAACUUUGAACCCUCAGAUUCUCAAGGGCUUAUCUCACCUCAGGAAAUAGUACCCUCGGCCCCACCCCUUGAGAUACUGCCUUCUUCACCUUUCACUGAGGAAAUUAAUCCAGCAGUGACUUUCUCUGAAGGAGAUGCCAAUCAAGGCAAUACUGAUGUCCCUCAGAGCCCACCAAGAGUUGCCUCUAGAUGUAUAACUGGACCUAAAGCAAAGAAGGCUUCUAGAGGGGAGGUAGAAAGUGUAGUCGGUGAAGAGGUGCACUACACUACUAAGGAGCUUAACGUGUUUGCUCUUUCAUUUAAGCAGAAGUCUGAGGAAUAUGUGUGGGAAUGGGUUUUAAGGGUGUGGGAUAAUGGUGGAAGGAACAUAAAACUAGAUCAGGCUGAGUUUAUUGACAUGGGCCCUCUGAGUAGAGAUUGUAGGUUUAAUAUGGAAGCUCGCACAGUUAAAAAGGGGGUCAAAAGUUUGUUUGAGUGGUUGGUUGAAGCAUUUAUCAAAAGAUGGCCUACUGAAAAGGAGUUGGAGAUGCCUGAUCUCUCCUGGCUUAGUGUUGAUGAAGGGAUUUUAAGGCUCAGGGAAAUUGCAAUGCUAGAGUGGGUGUAUUGUGUAAAAUCUGAACCUUCUCAAUGGGAGGGUCCAGAAGACAUGCCCUUCACUAGUCCUAUAAGGCGCAAAAUGGUGAGAGGGGCACCAGCACAUUUGAAAAGCUUUGUGGUCGCCCUGUUCCUCGUGCCAAACCUUAGGAUUGGAGAUGCUGCUGCUCAGUUGGAUGAAUUAAAUGCAAUGGGUUUAAUUGAGCCCCAAGGUAGCAGGGACCAGGUGGCAGCACUGAAUUGCCCAAGGCACGAUGAUCAUAAUUAUAUCGGCAGCAUAGAAAAAACAAUGUUCAUAAUGGCCUAACCAGUAAUGGUCAGCACAGACAAAGUGAAUUUUAUUUUGGCAUGAUUUGAAUGGACCUUUGGUACUGACUAAUCAUGGUGUUUCCAGGCAUGACAUCAAUAAGAAGCCUGCUGCAUUUCUCUUUGAUCUGUAUAAGCAGAAAAAUUCUCAAACAAAUGAAAGAAGGGCUAUACUGGGCCUUGACAAAAGACAUUCUUGGCCAGUGAAUCAAUUUCUAGACUUGAGUCAAUUUGCAGACCGAGAACCUCUUAAAUAAACGGAUGGCCAGGUUCCCCUAGGAAAGACCCUGAAAAGAUAGCUAAAAGCUUUACAGUUAGUCUUUCUCCAGGCUUCCCUGCAAGGGACCUAUGGCCUUUUACAAGGGCAACUGUACACUGACAGAAAGGAAACAAUCAGACUUUCCAGAGUCUAUUCGAUGCUGGUCCUGAAUUGACAUUGAUUCCAGGAGAUCCCAAGAAACACUAGCCCUCCAGUUAAAGUAUGGGUUAAUAGAGGCCAGGUGGUUAAUGGAAUUUUGGCUGAAGUCCAACUCACAGUAGGUCCCCAAACUCAUCUUCUAGUUAUUUCCCCAGUACCAGAACGUGUAAUUGGGAUAGAUAUACUUAGAAGUUGGUACAAAUAUCACAUUGGUUUCCUGACCUGUGGCGUGAGGGCUAUUAUGAUUAGAAAGACUAAAUGGAAGCCUUUAGAAUUCCAGAGGCAACUGCCAAAGAAAAUAGUGAAUCAGAAACAGUAACACAUCCCUGGAGGAACUGCAGAAACUAGUGCCACCAUCAAGGGGUGGUAGUUCCCACACAUCUCCAUUUAGCCCUCCUAUCUGGCCAGUGUGGAAGACAGGUAUGAGUUAUCAUGUAAGUGCUCACCAAAAGGUGACUUCAGCUGAGGAGGAGUUCAGUAAUCAAGUAGUAAGACCCAUUCUCUGCACAGUUAGCCUCUCUCCCCAGCCAUUCCUGCCAUUGCCCAGUGGGCCCAUGAACCAAGCAGCCAUGAUGGCAGAGAUGGGAGUUGUGCAUGGGCUCAACAUAGACUUCCAUGCACCAAGGCUGACCUGGCUACAGCUGCUUCUGACUGCCAGAUAUGCCGGUAACAGAGACCAACACUGAGCCCCAGAUAUGGCACCAUUCCCCAAGUUGACCAGCCAGGCACCUGGUGAUAGGUUGACUACAUUGGACCACUUCCUCUGUGGAAAGGACAACGCUCUGCCCUCACUGGAGUAGAUACUUAUUCUGGUUAUGACUUUGCCUUUCCUGAACAUAAUGCUUCUGCCAAAAUACCAUCUGUGGACUUAGAAAAUGCCUGAUCCACCGACAUGGUAGUCCACACAGUAUUGCUUCACCAGGGAACUCACUUCGCAGCCAGAGAAAUGCAACAGUGGGCCCACAGUCAGGAAUCCACUGAUCUUAGCAUGUUCUCCACCAUCCUGAAACAACCGGCCUGAUAGAUGGACUAGCCUUUUGAAAACAGUUACAGUGCCAAUUAGAUGGCAGCAGCCUGGAGGACUGGGGCAGGGUUCUCCAAAAGGCCAUAUAUGCUUUGAAUCAACAUCUAAUAUAUGGUACAGUCACUCCCAUAGCGAGGAUCCAUGGAUCUAGGGAUCAAGAGGUAGAAAGGGGAAUAAUUCCAGUUAGUAUCACCCCUGGUGACCCACUAGGAAAAAAUUUGUUUCCUGUUCCCGUGACCCUAAGUUCUGCUGACCUACAAGUUUUGGUUCCAGACAUUCCGUUGUGUUGGAAGUUCAGCUUCCCUCUGGUCACUUUGUGCUUCUAAUGCCCUUAAACCAACAGGCUAAGAAAAGGGUAGCAGUUUUAGGAGGGUGAUUGAUCCAGAUUACCAAAGGGAAAUUGGAUUGACUCUCUACAAUGGAAGUAAUAAGGAUUCUGUCUGAAGUACAGGAGAUCCAUUAGAGCAUCUUUUGGUGCCACCAUGCCCUGUGAUUAAAGUCAAUGGGAAAUUUACAACAGCCUAAUCCAGGCAGGAUGACAAGGGAUACAGACACAUCAGGAAUGAAGGUAUGGGUCUCACCUCCAGAAAAAAAACCAAGACUUGCUAAUGUGCUUGCCAAUGGUGGAGGAAAUACAGAAUGGGUAGGAGAGGAAGGUAGUUAUAAAUACCAGCCAAGGCCACAUGACCAGUUGCAAAAAAUGAGGAUUAUAGUUGUCAUGAGUAUUUCUGCUGUAUUUUGUUAACACAUGUACAGAUAUUUGUGUUUUCUUUUAAUUCCUUAUAUGUUGUAACAUCAAUUAAAAGAAUACUAAUAGGAUGUCCCCCAAGGGACCUUGCCACAUAUUUUAAAUUUAUAAUGUGUUUGUAUUAUAUGAGGGAUAGUUAUAUCAUGUUAGGUGUAAUUAUGACCUGGUUAAAUAUAUAAUAAAUGUGUUUGUGAUUGUACAUGAGAUAGUUAUAAUGAUUAGGCAUAUUAUGACCUGGUUGUUUUCAUUUGGAAAUUAAUCAUGACAUAAGAAGAUAUGAUUGUGUGUCAAGUUAACAAGAGGUGGACUUGUAAUGGCUAUUCUAGGUUGUCAACUUGACUAUAUAUGGAAUGAACUACAAUCUUGAAGUGCAAGGCACACCUGUAAGAGAUUUUCUGCUUAGUUUGAAGUGGAUGAGUACACUUCACAUCCAAACCUUUGAGGUAGGAAUCCACCUCUGUUCCGGAUCUUGAGGUGGGAAGGCACACCUUUAAUCUUGGCCACACCUUCUUCUGGAAGUCUAUAUAAGGACAUAAAGGAAGGCUGCUUUUGCUGUUUGCCUGCUUACCCUCACCUAGCCCAUCUGUUCUCUCACUGGCAUUGGAGCAUACUUCUUUGGGAUUCCAGCAUACGCAGAAGACCAGCUGAGACACCAAACUUGUAGAACUGAGCAACUACUGAAUUUAGACUGUCUGUUCACAGCUAGUCAUUGUUGGAGUAGCUGGACUGCAGCCUGUAAGUCAUUCUAAUAAAUCCCCUUUCUAUAGAGUGAGAUUCAUUCCGUGAGCUCUCUGACUCUAGAGAACCGUGACUAUGAAUGCACAAGGACUAAAUCUCAAGGUGUGAUCUUUUACAGGGGUAGCCAUUCUGAUUGUCUUCCUUCUCAAAGUCUUAUCAUGCCUUUGCUAACAUUUCAAAAGGAACCGUGAAGGAAGUGGUGCAGAUUUCAGGCUGGCCCUACAACACACUAUGCCUUGACCA